GUGUUGCAUCCAGCAGAUGUCACCCGUGGGCGCAGUAAACAUUUCGCACGUGACACCGCAACAGCCUGUAAAAUCCUUUCUGCCGUGUUCUUUCUGUUUUUUUCUUGUAAUCCGUGACGAGCCUCUCCUGACCGAACCCCGUAAUCAACACGCACAACAAACAAAACUGGAUCAGUGAAAAUGGCGAGCAGCGAGGAGGAGGGUCUGGAGGCCUGGUUCCCCGCGCCCGUCGGCGGAGAGGAUGAUCCCGAGCUGCGGCGGCUGCGGGAGCGUCUGCGCGGAUGGCUGUCGCAAUACGAGCCGGCGCUGAUCUCCGCGCAGCGGCUGCUGGUUUGGGAGAGGCCGCUGCACAGCAGCAUCGCGGCGCUCAUGCUCAACACGGCGUUCUGGCUUCUUUCAUCUUCGUCCUUGCGACCCUUGUUUCUCCUGGGUGUGUCCCUUAUUGGACUGACUCUUCUGGAGAGAUGGAAAGACAAGCUGCCACAGAUCUCUGUGUUUCAUUCAGAGGUGGCUGUGGUUAAACGUGAAGUGAUAUCGGAUCAGCCCCAUCUGUUAAGUGUGGAUGAACUGAGCCAUCAUCUAGCAGAAAGUUACCUGACCUUCACCCUUUGCAUCCAAGAAACGCUUCAGUAUAAACGCCAGAAUCACGGCAAGUUCUGUAUUAUGAUGUGUUCGGGAUGUUUUCUUUUGGCUGCGGUUGGACAUUACAUUCCCGGGAUUAUGAUCUCCUACAUUAUAUUGCUGAGUGUCCUGCUUUGGCCGCUGGUGGUCUAUCAUGAGCUCAUUCAGAAGAUGUACACCGGACUCGAACCCAUCCUGAUGAAACUCGACUACAGCAUGAAGGGAGACACACAACGGCGUAAAUACGAUAAGAGAAAGCUGAAGAAGGAGCAGGAAGAGGGAGAUGAGCCCAGGGCGGAAACGGAGAGUGAAAGCGAGGAAGAGCUUUCCUGCUUCGCCACGACCGUGGAUGUUAAGACUACAGCUCUGGCGAUGGCCAUCACUGACUCGGAGCUCUCGGAUGAGGAGGCGUCCAUACUGGAGAGUGGCGGUUUCUCUGUAUCCAGAGCAACCACCCCUCAACUUACAGACGUCUCUGAAGAUUUGGAUCAACAGAGUGUCCACAGCGAACCAGAGGAGGCGUUCACCAGAGACCUAACAGGGUUUCCAUCGGUGGAUGAGUUGCCUUCUAUUGAACCGGGUCUGUUUCAUUUCCCCCUCGGGUCCGACCAGGCCGGAGCUUCCGGUUCAGAUCUCCAGGAGGAACGGCUGUCGCCAGCCAGCCUCCUCAUUCAGCACUUAGCAUCCCCGCUCCACUUCGUCAACACGCACUUCAACGGAAAUGGACAGGCCGUGGGGUCGGAGCAAAGCAUUGUGGGUCCUGAGCAAGAGGGAACGGGCGUCCCGAGACCUUCUCGCUCCCUGGAGGCGCUUAGCGAGGAGAUAGUGAGCACGGCCAUCUCCACCGUCGUACAGAACACUCUUUCGGCACUGUUGCGCUCUACGGAGGCCAGCGAGGGGUCCUCCUUGGCCUCCUUUCUUCCCACCGAGACGCCUCCUUGCCCGAUGGAAACGCCCCUCGAGUCGGCAUCCGCACAAGAAGCCAUUGCGGAGGAGGAGGAUGAUGUCGCCACGACGGAAGCCAGCACGGAAGAGCAGCCUGAUGUCACGCUCGUCCCCGCCGAAGAAGAGGACUUUGAACUUCUGGACCAAAGCGAACUGGAACAGAUGGAUGAGGGGCUGGGCUUUGGGUUUGAUGGACAGGAAGAGGGCGGGGUGUCAGCCGACACGCCCCCGAGCAAUCGGCAGCCGGCAGAACAGCAGGAUUCCUAGCUUCCCAAAUGUAAACUGUUUCAUUUUAUUUAUGGUUAAUGUAGAUUCCGUAAACUGACACACGCAUAUGUUUUGUGAAAGGGUACGUUGCAGUCGACUAUGCCUUUUAGUUUGUUUUCAUGGAUGAGAUCACUGUGAUUGUUGGCGGGCUUGUCGAGCAGGUGAAUGUCGUGUCUUGCAAAACGUACGACACCAAAUCCGAUUUGAGAUGGUAACUAGUUUUUUUUUCUAGAGAUUCAAGUCACAUUCAGCCUCGAACCAACAACAGCAAAUUAAGCCGCUCGGAUUUGAAAAUCAAUAUAAGGGAAGAGUUCACCUAAAAAUGAAAAUCUUAUGUUAUUUCAAUUUUUUAUAGAACAGAACGGCUAACCUUACUGAUGUUAUUUUCGUGCAAUGAAAGUCAAUAGUGACCCAGAGCUGUCAAGCUUCAAAGUACAUUUAAAGUCUUCCGAAAGCCACACGACUUACGUUUUUUGUGUGUUUUUCACACAGAGCUGUCCUAUAAAAUGAAAAGACUCGAAAUAUAGCGCAUGAGAUAUUUGAACUGGCCAGCCUCUAGUCCCCAUUCACUUACAUUGUAUCAAAUUGCGUGCAUGUUUCUUCCUUAUGUAUUCAGCAGAAGAAAAUCUUGCAGUUUACAGAAUUUCAAUAUUUGGGUGAACUGCUUCUUUCAAAUAGACUGAAAUACAUUCAGUGUUUACUGCAUAUUUUGAUACUCGCCACAUCUCUGUAACGGAUAACAGGAGACCUCGGUUGCCAGAUGAUGGUCCCUGACCGACCGUCAUCAUAAGGCUUAAUGAACUGGUUUAAACUUUUCAAACCUGCACAUAAGUAAAAAGUUAUGGAGAUUAUAAAAAAAAUCAUAAUCAUAGCUGACCUAAUAUAUUCUGGAAUAUAUAAAUAUAAAGUGGAUGAUUGUAUUUAUUAAAAUUGGUCGGAAUGAAUAUAUGGUUUAUCGUAAAAUAUGUCUUGCAUAAUUAGUAAACUUGCAAGGCUUGUAUUUUGGGAUGGCAAAACCUGGAAGAAUUUAAAGCAAGAUUUUAAAUGCGUAAACGUUGAAUAAUUUGGGCUUUAUAGAUGUUACGUAACCAGUUUCCGAAAGUAGUCUCGAUGAAUUAAAUAUUAGACUGUGCCAUUUAUUUUUUGCGUCUUGAAAAGUAAUAUAUGAACUUGUUGAAUUUCCGCACAACGUGAUUGUGAAUGCAGCGCACGGAAUAGUAGCACACACUUAUUUAGCAGUCACAAAAAUGUUCCUGCUUUAAUUUAAAUGUUAGAAUUGAAACCUAACAUUAAUAUAUUUCUAUUCAGGUUAAAUUUAUUAUGAUUGGAUACACUUGUAUGAUUUGUUUGUUGUACAUGCUCGAUUUUUGCAGGACCUCUGAAUUUUCAUAACCAUGCCAGAUGUUUUCCAUUGCAUUGUAAAAAAUCACACCAUGUGGUCACAGAUUGCCUGAAAUAGCAUUUCAACCGAUAUGCUUCAGUUUCUGUGGGAGGAGUUUGUGCAUGGGCUUGACUGAAUUAAUUUUCCCUUAUUUCAAUCGAAAUUAAAAUUUGUAGAGGGAAUCAUUGAGCCUUAUUUACUGUACAUUAGUGACAUGUAGGCGAUAUGUGACCAACGUAUAUUUCGACAAAUCAUGAAGCUCAAACUGAAAAUGUUUGCCUUUAUGUCAGUUUCAGAGUCUCGGUGACCGUUUGUGUGGCACUUAAUGAAUAUAGGAUUUUAUGAUCCAAUAUAUAUAAUAUAUUUUUCAAUUAAUAAUCAUGAAUAUCUUUCAAACUGGAGACGUGUAUAUAAAACCAUUGUAUAUAUUUAAUGGCCUGUAACAUUGUACACAUCUUUUAAAAUGGACGUUUUGCAGAUAUGCUCGUUGGUUGUAAGUUGAAUUGAACUCAUACACCGCGACCUAACCAGGUGCGACGUCAUAAACUACAAGUUAUUAAAUCUCUUCCAGAAUAAUUGAGAACAAAAGAGAGUAUUUUUUGUCAUUUGCUUGGAUUCUACGUUUCUAAUUAAAUUGCUCCUAUUUUGAAAUAUCGUUAGUCCAAAAUGAAACGUCGCAGAUUUUCAGAUUUGCUUUUAUGUGGACCGAUUGCUUGCCGCUGGAAACCUGAAGCGUAUCACACCUGGUUAGGACACUGUGUCAAAAGGUGUUUUUUUGCACAGUCAUUUCUCUGGAUGGAGUGCUUUUUGCUUUUUAUGUAGAUCCCCACAAGCAUCCGACUCAGAGAGUCUUGUGUUUUAAAAGAAUUCAGAGACAUCAUGUUUGUGUAGUAGUGAUUGUGUUUUGCUCAUGCUGUUACUGCUUUACGCUCUAUAAAAAAGCACUUGGCAUUUAACUAC